CUUAUUCUUAAUAAACCUGAAUUUAUUAUGGACCAAGUUUCUCACGUGCCUACCAAGCUUCUUACAAGGAACACAGCCGCCCUCUUCCAGUCUUCCUCCUCUUACUCAUUCUCUCUCCUCAUUUCCGUCCAAACAAAAAGGGCACUCACCCAAGUAAGAGAGAGAAACUCAUCAAUAUUUCCCCAAAUCACAAUUUCCAGAUCAAUUGAUCGAUAUAUUCAUCUUCUUCAACAUCAGGGCGUGACCUAAGAUCCAGAACACAAUUCAAUCAAUCAUGUGGAGAAGGCUUGUUUUCUCUAAUCUCAAAAUUCUUUCUUCUUCUUCCUCUUCCGCCAUUGUUAGACCUUCAUUUUCUUCUCUCGCUCAUCGUCUUCUUGCUGCUUCCUCCGUUGUUCGCUCUUCGUCUUUUCUUCUCUCUCGCCGCCAUUUCUCCGUCGAUGCCGUUUCAAAGGCUCAGAGUAAGGUUGAAGAUGCAAUGCCCAUUGUUACUGGUCAUGAGCGUGAAGAGCUUGAAGCUGAGACGAAUGUUAUUUUAAACUUAUCUUUAUAAAGGUCUUUAUGUGAUAAUAAAGGUAAUUAUGUUAAUAUUAGAGGUUAAAUAUAUGUUGAAAAGGUUUACGAUGAAAUGUCACUAUAUAUCAUAGGUCACUAUAUGUUAAAAUAAAGUCACUAUAUUAUUUAUAAGGUCUUUGUUUGGUUAAAAGAGGUCACUUCGUUUUCAAUAUUGUAUAUUGUCAAAAUUAAGGACUAUAUUAAAUUAAUGGUAAUUAUU